AUGGCUACAAGAUCACGUCCCCAUUCUCCCUAUCAUGACCGUGCCAGGACUGGAACAGAAUCACUACCUAAUUUGAAUUCUCCUCGCCUGACCUCCAUCUCUGAUGCUCCAGACACCCUACCAAGACACUUGGAGUAUCCUUCUGGCUGGCUGUCGAGCAGAUUCGGCAGCGAUCCCCUUCCACCUAUCCGACCAGCAGCUGUACCUGCAAGCGUGCAACAUCCCGCUUGCACGCAUUGUACUAUGACGCGCAAAUUCGACGAUGACAGCAACGAGACCUGCGACAUAUGCCACCGCAAGUCCGCCUUCGGGUGGCUCUACGUUUGUACAGAGGACCACGAUGGUUUCAUCCCGGCAGAUAACGAAUACUCGUCUACUCUAUGCCGCGAGAGUUGUGAUUCCGAUACGGCAGGUGAGAUAUCUCUCAGUCCCUGGAUAAAGAAGGCCAUCGAGCACGGCCAGUAUACAACAGACCAAAUCGAGAUCCUGAAGCUGCAGAGAGCCAAAGUCGAAGAGGCUGUCUCAAUUGCCAGGAAUCCCACCCCUACUUCCUCAGUCACCCAUAUUUCUGAAUCAUCCUACAUAGAAGACACAGACGAUGAAGCGUGGACUGAGACUGUAGAAGAUACCAGCCAACCCGAUACCGAAUCAGAGCCAGAAGAUAGCAUGCCCGGUAUCUCUGGCCCGCAGGUUGAUCACAUCAGACCACGAGCACAUCCUGUCUGUCGACUUAUGUGCUGCCACGCUUGUCGUCCAGCCUGCCGUGACCGUUCAUGGGCGAGUCUCAAUGCUGUUUGCAAUGAAACACACGUGAAGCCGCCUCCGCCAUGGGACGUCUCGAACAGACGAGUCUCAAAUACCAAUGUCGUGCGGCACUUAGGUCUCGAUAAAGCAGAGAGCAAUGGUCCACUGCCGUCGGACGGAUCACCUAGAUCCAAUGAAUCGUUGAAACAGAAUAAUUCUCAUGGUCGCGGAGCCACGAAUACAGAACACACCAACGAGAAAUUGCUAGCUGUUACGCCGUCUGCACGCGGCAAAUUCGAGAAAAUUAGACGAUCAACAGAGAAGAAAGCGAGCCGCCAAGGUGGAAGGUCGCAGAUCCAGUCGACAGAUCCAGUUGCUCCGGGAUCAGCCAGACGAGGGAUCGACCUUAUCAGAAAGAACAGACCUCUAAGGUCAACCUCAGAUCAACAGCCCACUGCUUCCGGAGGGGAGCCUACGGAUAUAGGACAUAAUGCUGAGUUACAGACUGGACCAACCUCCAGCAAAAGCCGCCGUCCCAGUCUCGACUCUGAAUCCGACAGCGAAGUCGAUGUGCCCGGCGGAGUCGCGUUGACGGAGGAAGGAGUAACUACCGAAAAGGCAGAUUUGGUCACGGAUAAGGAGCUAGACGUUUAG